AUGUCAUUCAAGGAGAACAUCCACCUGGAUGAUCAGAGUGUAGUAAUUAAUGAUCAGAAUAGAGAAGAAGGAGAAGAUGGUUACCAAAACGAUAAUACCUUGAAAUCAACCGAUAUUCAAUUUCCAUUUACAAAAAUCAAUUCCAACACUUAUCAACAAAACCGUAUUGAAUCCACCAUAAAUGCAAGACAAACGAUGAAAACAGCGACGCGAGUUGAAGAAGAGCAACCAGCUGCAAAAGGAGAUCACAAACCAGCAAGUGUUUCCAGUGCUGAUGAGUUUUAUGAAACGUCACCAAUACUUGAUAAUGAUGAAGAGGAGGUAGUGGACGAAGAGGAGAUUUAUUUCCCCACGCUUCUUGAUGAAACAAAUUAUCCAGUGGUUCAUGUCCCAAUUCAGCCCCACAUGUCACGACCAUUGAACAAAUUCGGCGACCUCAACUUGAAAAAUAUUCCCAUUGCCCAAACCCCAAAAUCGUUCCCUUUAGAUUCACAAGAAGCAAAAGACCAAGAUGAAAUAGCCUUGUACAAUAUCAUGGAAUACGAAUUCGAAAAUAAUGGUGACGAUGCAAAAAAAAAUUCAUGGUGGUCACCGAAUGAUUGUUGGUCAAAGUUUGUUCACAAUGAGGAGGAUGUUGAAGUCAAGGAAUCAUUGAUGGGAGAUGCCAACUUGGAUUUAAUCUUUAACAACAUCUACAGCACCUGA